UCGCGUCGUCGACAUCGAAAAGCGACUUCAAAGAUAAACAUUCGGAUUUUAUUUCGUAUAAAGUCUACUUCUUAAUUACUAUUAAUAGAGUAAAUUUGAAAAUUAAUAUCGAUAAAUUUUAAAAUCUAUGUUAACAAUGAAUUUCGGAGUACAGUGAAUUAUAGGGGAAACUUUGGAUGCAGUUAAAGUGUUCAGUGAUGGAGGGUUGUGUAUUGUGUGUGUGAGCCAUGAAGAAUUGUUUUUUGUGUGUGCACAAUAAGGAGGUAUGACUACGCAGGAUCGAGAAAAUAUUUUCACCGAUGACGAUGAGGAUUUGCGUCCUCGUCAGCAGAGCCUGGGCGGGGUGCUCCGGCGUGAGGGCAACUGGAAAUGCUUCCUGCUGACACUGAUGAUCGCCGGUUGCCUCGGCUCCGUCGCCUGGUGCAACACCGCCGAGAUAGAUCGAGAACUUAUCGAUCUGAAUACGUUUCCAAUAAAACGUACUGUACGUGAGUCACCAUGCGACGUUGGCUACGCGUACAUUCCGAUAGCAUUCGUUCUGCUGCUAUACUUAGUGUAUCUGGUGGAAUGUUAUCACAGUACAGCGAGGAUACAGCUGGCGAGACGUGUGGACGUCGCCGCGGUCAGUGCGAGAGUGCACGCCAUGAGGAAUGCCACGCCGAGAGUAUGGUGGAAAGCGAUUUGCUACCAUUACGUGCGGCGCAAGCGGCAGGUGACGAGGUAUCGCAACGGAGACGCCUACACGACCACACAGGUAUAUUAUGAGCGAGUGAACACGCACAGCGCGAGCACGUCGUUCGCGCACGCGUGUUGCGGCCAGCGAGACGCAUCCAGGAACCUGGUGUUGGAUUCAAAAACACCCAUCACUAAAGUCAGAUUCAGUAAAGGAUUUGCUUUCGCUAAUAUCGAAGCUGCUAGCGAAUUCGAAGAUCAGAGAUCAAGAUUUUUCGCUGAGCAUGAACGUUUUGACGACUUCAUGGAAAUGCGAGAGGGUCUGGAUCUAAUAGGUGUCAGUUCCUUUAAAGAAUAUAUGGUAGCUUACAGAGAAGCUGAUCGGUGUCCUUGGUAUUCUUCACAAAUAUUAUUUUGGACGUUAUCUUGUUUGCUUUUGUCGUGGCCUCUACGAAUUAUUAUUGAAUGUAAUACAGCUUACGUUCAUUAUACGAUCACUAAAAUAUUUGGUACGAACUAUGAAUUGGAUCCGAGUCGACAGCUUGAUUUAGAUACACAUCUAUCGGAUACUUUGCCGCCAGUACCAGCCGCUAAUUACGCUUGGAAUCUUGCUGAUGAGCAGAGCGCAGUACUGUCUUCUGUUCCACGACCACCUCGUACACUUCCUUUAUCUCAUGCAUCUACUGUUGAUAGUUUAGAAUUAUUCGCAGCAAUUCGAGGUAACUGUGCCUUAGUACCUUCCUACUCUGAAGCCAUGCGUAUCGAUGCCGCGCUUAGGGAAGAACCGACUGAAGAUACCAACAACCCUGUUCUAAUCGAUAUAGAAUCGGAACAAAGACACAGGCCAACUGUGAAAGCUGCAUCUUUUGAUGAACCUCCUCGUAGACCUAAAGUACGAAUAACGAGUACACAUUCAAGCAGUAACAUCGCUGAUAGCACUAGAUCAUUUGACAUUAAACAAAAUAGGCGAUCUUGGGCAGGAGUGUUAACAACGACUAGGAGUGCAAGACAAAUAUUAGAAGAUUUUACGAACAACACUUCACCUAAUUACCAAUUAAUAUCAGAACAACAAGUGAGAAGGAACGGAGAGAAUACAUUAUAUUAUUCAAGAGAAUUAUCUCCUACGUGUUCUCGAGAUCCAUUUGGAGGUCGAGCUCAAACAACUCCUACUGAUGAACCCCCGCCUUACGAAGAAGCGUUAAAAUUACCUGCGUUGCGAAGAAUUACGAGAUCCAUAACUGGGACAGACUUAGCGGGACCACGAAGAGCAUUUUUAAGGGACGUAAUUGCAAAUAGGAGAUCAUGUUUGGAUGGUAUUGGAGUAUUAGCUGGACCUAGAGUUAUAAGAUUACCCCAGUGUGAGUCUGGGGAAGAAACACCUCUAUAGCCUUCGCGUGGUGUCAAAAUAUUUUUUCUUUUUAUUUAAAAGCUAGACACUUUUCUUUAAAAUAGUGCUUUCUAAAGUUCAAUAACGGAACAUUGUACAUUUUUUAAAGAGCUUGCCAACGUCUAGUACAAGAACAAAUGAAAAAUUAAAUUGGAAUUGAAAACCCACU